CGCCCGCGUGGAGGCUGCGGCGGCAGCGGGCAAUGGGCAAGGCGGGCGCGAGCGAACACGCCGGUCACCGCUGCGCUGCCUGACCGCGGCCACACCGAGCGCUCCCAGGCUGCAAGUCGCCCCCGCGCCGGAGCGAAGGCUGGGGAUGGCUCUGCCGCCUUCCAGAGAUGGGGCUCCCACGGGCGAUCCCUGAUCUCGGCGCUGGAAGUGACGAGCGAGAGGUCCUGUCGGCACUGCCCCUGGCCCCCGAAAGCCCUGACUUAGCAAUGGGAAGAAGCUGGGCUGGGUGCUGGUGUUACUGGUCGUGCCACCCCAAGUAUCCGAGAACUUGGGAGCUCCAGGAAGAGAGUGCAGGCCGCGCCCGUGAACUUCUCCAGCACUCUCCGUUCCUCCAUCGGGCUCCUUUAGGGGCCAGAACUCUCCCAUCUCCGUGAAAGGCCCAAGUUUGUCCCUGCAUCCAGCCAACUAUUUCCAUGGCAACGGCUGCGGAGAGCAUGCAGGAGGCUGCGUGACUCGAAGGGGCCGAACCGCCGCAGCACGCGGGCCUCGCCUCGCCGUUCUGCCGCCCCUUGACUGAAGCAGAGCCGGCGGUGGAUUCUAGCGUGGCUAAGAGAGGGACCUGUGCCACUUUGGGGGGGGGGGGGGAAGGCAAGCCAAUAGCUGCAAGGAGAGCGGAGGGGAGGUUUAUGUGACCCCACCAAGAUGGCGGGGCAGCCAGAGAAGUGGAGACAAAUUCACCUGCAGGAGUCAGACUGUCCCUGCCUCUUUAUAGACGAGAUCUGAGAGGGCGCGUCUCCCCCCUCAGCUGGAACUGAAGAAGAGCCCUGGUUUCAACACGUGUCGAGAGAAAGCUCUAGGGCCCUCCGCCAGUCCCCCAGAGUGAAGAUGGUGAUGUCCCACGGCACCUACACCUUCCUCACCUGCUUCGCUGGUUUCUGGCUGAUCUGGGGGCUCAUUGUGUUGCUAUGCUGCUUCUGCAGCUACUUGCGGCGGCGCAUGAAACGGCGGCAGGAGGAGCGGCUGCGGGAGCAGCACCUGCGCACGCUGGAGAUGGAGCCCCUGCACUACGAGGGUUAUGGGGGCCCUGCCUACGGGGGCCCUGCCUAUGGGGGCCCAGCCUAUGGGGGUGGUUACAUCAGAAGCCCACCGGGCAUCGCUGUGCCCCACCGCCUCCGCCUCGAGCCCCACCGCCCUCACCUUCCACCCCCAAGGCCUUGGAGCUGCAGGCAUGAACCGGAUCCAUCCAAGCCCCCAUGCUACGAGGAAGCCGUGCUGAUGGCUGAGCCCCCGCCGCCUUACAGCGAAGUCCUGACCGACACGCGUGGCUUGUACCGCAAGAUCAACGCCCCCUUCCUGAGCCACGAGCAGCCAGAGAAGCAGGAACAGCCCCCCAGCUACAAGCCCCUCUUCCUGGACCGGGGCUAUGGCUCAGCCCUCCACCUGCCGAGCUCAACCAGCCGGGGCCCCACCUGCACCAGCCUCUACUUGGAGUCGGAGCAUGCGCAGCGCAUCUUCCCCAGCUGGACAGACUCAGAACUCAGCACCAGAGACAGCUAUGAGCCGGGGCCCUGGCAGCUGCCUGUCUCAGUGCCUUUGUUGGGCAGGACUACGGCAGUUUAGUCGGCCGUGCUGCAACCAGGGCGGGACGGUGGUCGCUGCACGGAAGCUGGAUACUGGCAGCCUAUUUCCUCGGCCUGCGGGAGCCCCCCAGCCCCUCAGUCCGAGCCUUCCAGCCAUGCCUGGCCCACAGGCCUUCACAGUGCAAAGAUCCCAGUUGCUACUGACCUCUUCUUGGCCCCGGUGAGGUUGGGGCUGGUCUCCCCAUCCCACCCGCUUCCCCCUUUUCCUUGGGCCCACUCCAGGCUCUGUUGGUGCUGACUGCAAGGGGGCCUCUGGCGUGGCCUGAACUUUUGUUUCCUAUCUUUUGUUUGUUACAUUUUGAGAAUAAUAAAGUUUGUGGAA